AUGGAACGUUUGUGUGUGAUUCUUUUGCUUGCAUGUAAAACUUUCAUAGUGAAUGCGCAAUUCAAUGGGUUCAACUGUGAUGCCAGCUUCCACAGCCGCUUCCCCGCUGAGCGGGACAUCAGCGUGUAUUGUGGAGUGCAAACCAUAACACUGAAGAUUAAUUUUUGCCCGGUGCUUUUUUCUGGCUACACCGACACUGACCUGGCGCUGAACGGGCGUCACGGCGAUGCCCACUGCAGAGGGUUCAUCAACAACAACACAUUCCCAACAGUCGUGCUGUUCAGCAUCAGUCUCAGCACGCUGGAGGCUUGCGGAAACUCACUUGUGGUCACCACGGCUCAGGGGCCCAACGCCUAUGGGAAUCUCUCCUUGGUCCAGAUUGGGAAUAUAGCAGGAUACAUUGACACUCCGGAUCCCCCGACGGUCAUCAGCUACCUACCGGGACUUCUUUACAAGUUCAGUUGUAGUUACCCUCUGGAAUACCUGGUCAACAACACACAGCUUGCUUCGUCGGCUGCAGCGAUAUCAGUGAAGGACAACAAUGGCACGUUUGUGAGCACGCUGAAUUUACUUCUAUACAAUGAUUCCACAUAUGUCCAUCAUCUUGCCAUCCCAGUGUCUGGACUUACUCUGAAGACGCGAGUGUUUGCUGCAGUAAAAGCCACCAACCUAGAUAGGAGGUGGAAUGUUCUGAUGGACUACUGUUACACAACUCCCUCUGGGAAUCCUAAUGAUGAGCUCCGAUACGACCUUUUCUUUGGAUGCGAUAAGGACCCGCAGACAACAGUGUUGGAGAAUGGGAAGAGCCAGAUGGGCCGCUUCUCCUUCGAGGUGUUCCGCUUUGUCAAGCACAAGAACCAGAAAAUGUCCACUGUCUUUCUGCACUGCGUGACCAAGCUGUGUCGCUCUGACGACUGCCCCCUGCUCUUGCCUAUCUGUGGUAAGAGGAAGAAAAGGAAUGUGUCGGAAAGAACUGCUGUGGCUUCUGACAAUGCAGUCAUGACUGCCGGGCCCAUCGUCACCCGAAGUGAUGAAACUCCCAGCAAUAAUUCCCAACUAGCACAGUUAAACAGCCCUCCAUUCAAAAUGAAUUCAGCGACGAGUGCCUUGAUUUCUGCCAUCGCUAUCCUCGCCGUUAUGAGCAUGUGUUUCUUCAUCCUGUCUAUGUCACUGCUGAGAGGGAAAUAUACGCCACCAACACCUCUGUCAGGAACUCACAACCCAGCGUUCAGCUAAAUGCACACACACGGCUGUUCGGUCAGCUAAACAAUACAACAAUACCUGUGUGUGGAGCUCUUCGGUUACACACAAUCAUACAGUACAGGGAAAUAAUAUCAUAAUAUCACUCUACACAGCCUUUAGCUAAACACAGCUGCCUAUUUUAGGUCACAAAGCAUCAAUACAGAUACGCUCAUCACUGUAAAUUUGCAUAACACACAAUCCUAAACCAUAAGAGGCUGAACUCUGAUUGGAAAUGAUUCUC